UCCCUUCUGCUUCCGGGUCCUUUGGCAGCACUUCCGGGGGGGUGGACAGAGCCGCGAUCCCGGAAGGGGGAAGUGGGAGCCGGGCGGGGCGAGACGCAGGUACUAGGACUUCUGGCUGAGGGACCCAGGCGUCCGAGCUCCCCCGCGCUGCCGGGCCCGGACCCGCCCGGCUGGAUGAACGGGACCCGGCAGCGCCGGAGCUGCGAGAUGGUGCAACCAAGCGCAGGCCCAGGUGGCGACUGCGGAGCCCUGGGCGAGGACUCGUCCCUGGGCAAGGUGGCGGCCUGGCAGCUGCCCCCCGACCUGGCCGGGCACGAGGCCCUGCAGCGCUUCCUGGCCGAGAACCAGGACCUGAAGGAGGCCAUUCGACAGAGUAACCAGAUGCUGCGGCAGCGCUACCAGGAGUUCCUGCGCUUCCAGGCCACGCAGCGCGAGGAGAAGGAGUUCCUGAUGCUCCGUUUCCGGGAGGCCCGGGAUGUGGUGGAGAAGCUGAACACUGAGCGGACCGAGAUGAAGUGCCAACUGGAGCAGGCCCUCUGGGAGGUGGAGCAGCUCAAGGGAAGGCAGCAGCCGCGCACCCUGGAGAAGGAGAUUCCUGAGCCAGAGGAGGCGGACACUAUGACCCUGACCCAGGAGUUGGCUGAGCCCCCCAUGAUGGCCCCUGGCUCAGAGACUCUGCAGCUGCUGAAGGAGCAGCUGGAGCAGCUCCAGGAGGCCAACCAGACCCUGCAGGCCCAGAUCCAGCAGCAGGUGCAGCCCCCAGGAGAGGCUGGUGUGAGGGUCAAGGAGAAUGGAGUCCAGCUGGAGAGGCCGGUGGAGCUGGAGGCCCUGCAGGGCAGCGGGGACAGCGGACCCAGCAGCAGGCAGGGCGCAGCCGAGCUGCUGCAGAGGCGGCUGAAGGAGACGGAGGAGGAGAGCGUGGAGCUGAAGCAGCAGCUGGCAUUGGUGCGGGAGGAGGUGGCCAGGCUGGGAGCCAGGGCGCAGGAGGCUGAGCAGCAGGCCGAGCAGCAGCUUCAGGCCCUGAGGAAACAGCUGGAGCAGCUGACGGAGGACAGGGCCUCGGUGAAAGCCCAGGUGACCUCACUGCUGGGGGAGCUGCAGGAGAGCCAGAGCCGGCUGGAGGCCUGUAUGCUGGAGAAACAGGAUCUGGAGGAGAAAGCACAGGCUGCUGCCGAGCAGUGCUGCAAGCUGGAGCGGGAGGCUGAGGCGCUGCACAAGCAGCACAGCGUGCAGGUGGACCAGCUGCGCAUGCAGGCCCAGAAUCUGGAGACGGCGCUGCGGGUGGAGAGGCAGGGCGCCACAGAGGAGAAGAGGAAGCUGGCCCAACUGCAGGCGGCCUAUCACCAGAUCUUUCAGGAGUACGAUGGGCAUGUGAAAUCCAGCCUAGAGAGCGAGAAGAGGAGCCAGGGCAUGGAGCUGCACCUGAAGGAGCUGCUGCAGCAGCUGCAGCAGGCCGAGGAGGCACUGGUGGCCAAGCAGGAGCUGAUUGACAAGCUGAAGGAGGACAUGGAGCAGCACAAGGCUGUGCUGGAGACCAUCCCGGUGCUGAAGGCCCAGGCCGAUAUCUACAAGGCGGAUUUCCUAGCGGAACGUGAGGCCCGGGAGAAGUUGCACGAGCAACGCGAAACUCUGCAGGAGCAGUUGGAGCAGUUACGGCGGGACUAUGACAAGCUGAAGGCAGACGCUAAUGGAGCCACCUGGGCUCUGAUGGAGGAGAUGAGGAACCGCCAUUCGGAGGGGCGCCCGCCUGUACCCCAGCCAGUUUACAACAUGGCCCCAGUACCUUUCCAAGCCCUGCCAGCUGCAGGGCGUAGGCGAAGUAUCUCCGAGGAGCAGCCGGAUUUCUGCUGUCCCAAGUGCCAGUACCAGGCUCCUGACAUGGAUACACUGCAGAUCCAUGUGAUGGACUGUAUCAAGUGAUGCCCAUGAAGGAGGAGGAGGCUGGGGGCAAGAGGCGUGCCUGGCCUGCUCGACUCUUUGCUUUCCCCCCCAUGGCACUUGCUGCUCUGCGACACAAUGCUGCAAACUGGGUUCACAGCUGUCUUGAGCCAGUUGGAAUGGACAGUCUGCGGGUACCAUGGGGGAGGAUGGGGUUUGCACCAUUGUCUCUGCCUUACGUGAAACUGAAUGUACCUGAUCUGCUUUAAUUCAGGGAUUUGACAAUCUGUGGAGAUUGACAGAUUUGUAGGGUGAGCAGGGGUGCUGAGAGCUACUGAACCAAACUUUAAACCCUGUAUACAAUGGAAACCACUUCAAGCCAGGGCUGUAGCAGCACUCGGCAGGGGUGGAAGAGGGGUGGCAGGAAGGUUUCACUGUUCAUCUCCUUUUUGAGCACCUUAUUGCUAACCCUGAACCAUUUGCAGGGUGUGGUGGUGAAGACAGAUUCUCCUGCUCAGUUUCAAGCUGUCGCAGCAUCUCUCUGCUUUCCUUCUACACUGUGCUCUGGUUAUUUAACAUUAUGGUCCAUGUGCUGCUCUAAAAGUCAGACUCUUGCCUUAAUGUAAAGUCUAUUAAAACUUAAUGUGGAGGGAGGGGAGUUGAGUGUUUACAGACCUUGCUGUAUUGAGCCCCCUUCCUGGUUUGGCUAAAGCAUCUACAACAAAAGAAUCUGCUUCUUUUCUAA